UGAUCGAUUAUCUGUCAAACCCGCAACCACAGUGUUGUAUUUUCCGAAUUAAAUUCCCCCCGUACCGUUCGUUCGGUGCUUUCCAGCGAACGCAAGUUCUACGUUACAUUUCCUUUAGCCGGUUCACCUACGUUACAUCGUUUUCUGUCCGUUCCGUUCGUUUCCUGUGUUCCCGGUCGUUUUGUGUUUGGUUAUGUUUCCAUCAUCAGCAUCGCUGUCGACGCCGCCGGUUCGAUAAGUUUGCAAAUCUGGAUGAUAAAAAGGAAACAAUGAUUACCGCCACGGAACCGCUGGAAUACUUUCCACGAGGCCGUCAGGUGGUGGAAAAUCAUCCGGGGCCAAAUGUGGAGGACGAGCAUCGUACGUUAGGCGGGCAUCCAGUGGACUUUGUACUGCUACAGCGCAUGCAAAACGUAAACAUCUCGCUGGAUGAGGAUGAACCGGCCGAAUUUUAUCGAUUGCGCGAGCAGCCCAUACAGACGGACCGGAGCGGCGUAUCGCCGGCCUACAUCGGUAUGGAGGAAGAGCUGUACGUGUUGGGGCACACGGCCGUGUGGACCCGGUGUAUGAGCAAUGAAACGCAGGCGCUACCACAAACCACCUUCACCUGUGACAGCCCGAUACGGUUCGCCUUUUUCUGUCCGCGGCGUUUCAUUCGGCCGGAUACCACGCCGGCAUCGAAGCCGGACACCGGCAAGAGCGCGAUCUGUCUGAUCGAUAAAGACACGCUGCACGUGUUCCUGGAAGGUGGUGAAACGUAUAGAGCGAUGCUACAGUGUCCGGUAUCGGCCGUCUGGAUGGUACCGGACGGUAUCAUGCUGGAACGGAACGCAACCCACUCAGUAACGAUCUGUCGGGAGGAGGGUGUACCGUGGCCCCGGUUGUUUACGCUCACCUUCCCACUCGAAGAGAUGAAACCCGUCCUGCUGGCAACCGGCACGAAGUAUGGGUUUCUCGACAGUCCGAACUAUCGCGUGGUGUUUUCGAGUGAAAAGGUGUCGCUCGUGCUGGUGUACGGCGAGCUGAGCGGGAAGCAUUAUGUGUACCGAUUGCGGCCGGCCUGCGACGAGGAGAUUGAAGCGGUACGGUACAUGGACCAGACGGACGAUUCAGAGUUGGAGAACGAUCAAAGCGUGCCCGGUACACCGGACGAAGCGCACGCAUCAACGCAAAACAUCGAUCAACGACACACCCUGACGAAGGUGCUGGGUGCAACAACCAACCUGGAGCAUACGUUCGGCGUAAGCUCUGCACUGUCGUCGUGGAUCCAUUCGUUUCCACUGGGCAACAAUCCGUUCGGCGAUCAACCGACCCGUUGCGGGGAAGAUUUCAUGUCGGGAUUGGAUCGUAAUUGCAAUGGACGCGAACAGCUGGAACAGCGCAGUGCAUCCCUUGCGCCACAGUUCUCCCUAGAGUACGUGAUGACCGUUAAUGGUGUUUCCAUUUCAAUGUGGAGCUCGGAAGAUGGAGAAAUGGCAUCGGAAGCAUUUCUACACACCGAUCUCGUGGGAAAUAAUUACAUCUGCUUUCUACAAUCCCGUGCCUGCCGGCUUACGCUGCUCCACUACGAAGAGAACAGUUUAUCCGUGUCCUGCACCCACAUGCUGCUGGCCCGUUCGGCUGUUUCGCUCGAUCACAUCAAUAUGAUCGUUGUGCUGGAACCUACUGGGCGGUUGGUACUGUACAGUGGUCCAAUCGCUGUCGGUAAGCUACACGUCACCGGACUUCAGAGCGACUGUUUCCGCACCAAUCCGGUCACAGGCACCGGUGGUCAGCCAACGGUAAAGCUUCCCUCCUUCGUACCUACGCGCACCAACACAACGGCAAGUACCACACAAAGCACCUGUUCCAUGGUGGAAGGUUUUCCCCGACGCAGCACCCUGCUGCCGAAUGUAUCCGGUGCGGAUGGAAAAUUUGACGAAGAGUUACAUCUGCUCUCACCGGUACGGCCCAUCAGCCUCUCCGGACCGAGUGGGGCGAUUGGAUCCCGUGGGCCGUAUUCUUCCGCUCCAACCAAUGCUGCCCGGUCGGGUGCCGCCGAUGCUGGUACGAUUGUAAAAUUGCGCGAUGCAACCGGAUCGCGUUUUACGCUGGUGUUGGGCAACGAGCGACACGUACGAUUGGCACUGGCGCCGGUAGCGGAAUCGCAGCUGGUGCGUAACUGUGUGAAAGUAAUGCGGCUCGUACUGCCGGCCGCAACCGUCCACGAGUUCCUCAUCCAUUGGUACAACACGCGGAAUGUGCCCGGUUCGCAUGCCGGUUUCAGUACGCACCAGGAAUGGGACCUGUUCCGGACGCUGCUGUUUACGAUGAUGGGACGACCGAUUGGGCCACCGGACGCAGACGAUCGGGCAUCGGCCGCCGGUGUACAUCAGCCGGCUGGCAGUGCCGGCGGCUGUAUGUGUGCCGAUGAGCCGAAGAAACGGCGCCGGGGUGAAAAUUCGCACGGCCAGGCGGCUGACUGGGAGUUUCUGGUUGGUCACGCUACCGAUCAACCGUACGAGGCGAGUGUUUCGGUGUGCCCGGAAGCGACGACUGGUGGUGGUGGUGGUGGUGGUGGGGCACGCCCAUAUCAAAACAGAGAAUUGCAAAGCCUUUAUCCGUACAUCCCGGACAUACUGCAAACGUUCCACCUGCUGUACGAGGAUUUAAAGAUGAACGUAUGCCGGACGGACGAUUUGCGGUUGCUGGCCGACUUCCUGUACUGUCUCGCAGCCGAUGCAAAGCUGGACGCGUACCAGAUGCACUAUCGGACCGAUUUUCCCGAACUGUUCGACCGCUAUCGGCGGCACUGUAGCUGUGUAAUAACAGACAGCACCAUCCUGAACCGUCUCGGCGGGAUCGGCGUGCAUCCACCACGCAUGUUUCGCUACAUCGAGCGUUUGUUGCUGGGCGAUAACGACGGUAGCACUCCGUUUUGCUACCGUCCCGGUAUAAAUGAUUUUAGCUACGACAUGUGUGCGCUGGUCGCGUUUAUCUAUCGCAUACGCGUUGCACACGGUUGGGUUCGCUCCCAUCUCGAGUCGGUACUGUCGGGUGAAUUUUUCGACCAACAAACCAAACGCCCCCUGUGUAUCCAGCAUCCGGCAACGGCCGGGUCCGUCCAAAACCAUCAUAAUUUUGAGCGUACAGCGGACACGGUGCUAGCGUUUCUCGUCGAACGUGGGUACACGCGCACCCAGCUCGAUCAGCUACCGAUCGCGAUGCGGUACGUGAUCCUGAACUAUCUCGAAGGUUGCCGCGAAUAUCUAACGCACGGUCUGCAGGCCGUAUUUUACGAGCUGUUGAUGCGCCCGGAAUUGCGCGCCCACAGUAUUUCGAGCGGGCUGCAGGAUUGGGUACCGGAUGUGGAGCUGAACGCGGCCGAUGAUCUCCAGGAGCGUGACAUAUCACAACCGAAGUUCGACGAGAUUGACUCCUGGCAGAAGGAGAUGAGUGAAAUCGAAAUCUGUGGCACGGGAAAUACGGGCGGUGUCGCGGGUGGAGUCGCUGCUGGAGGUGGUGGUGGUGGGAGUGUGGGUGUGUCCGGUGGUGGGACAGCAUCCAGUUCGCAGAAGGAAGAUACACUACGGCAAGGGUGCGAUGAGGACGGUAUGGGUGGGCUGGACGAUGAGUUGCUUCAGCUACGCUUCCCGGACGAUCGGCGCAUGCACGAUGUGCGAACGUUCCUGAACAGCUCGCAGCGCAUCCAGAUCAACAUUCCCCAUCCACCGAACGUGCCCGAUCACGAGUUUCUCGAGGAACAGGAACGACGGCUCUACAUGCUCUGCCUGCGCACCAUGGCGCUACCGAUCGGCCGGGGCAUGUUUACCGUCAGCUCGAGCCGGCCGAGUGAAACGCAAACCGUCCCGGUGCCACGGCUUUGUCUUUCGGGGCGUGAUGUGGUCCGCGGCACUACGAUCGAAAUACAGCAGAUUGAGGUGCCGGCCAACAUGAGCCUGUGGCCUUCGUUUCACAAUGGUGUGGCGGCCGGUUUACGCAUCUGUCCCGAUACGCCACACCUUACCUCGACGUGGAUCACCAAUAAUCGGCAGGGUGCACGUAACUCCAGCAUGCUGCCACCGGGUACCGACACCUCCACCGAGCACGGUGGCUUCCUGAUGGCACUCGGUCUCACCGGUCAUCUGCGCAAACUGUCCAUCUACAGCAUCUUCGACUAUAUGGUCCGGUCGGACGAGAUGGUACGACUCGGGCUGCUUCUGGGCCUGUCCGCUGCGUACCGUGGUACGGGUGAUCUCGCCACCACGCGCCUACUCGCGGUACACGUGGAAGCGCUGCUACCGCCCACAUCCGUCGAGCUAGACGUAUCGCAGAACCUACAGAUAGCGGCCCUGCUUGGCGUUGGACUGCUGUACCAAGGCACCGCAAAACGGCACAUGGUUGAGAUACUGCUGCAGGAGAUCGGUCGUCCACCUGGACCGGAAAUGGAAAACUACGUCGAGCGUGAAUCUUACUCCCUAACUGCCGGUCUUGCCCUGGGGCUCGUAACGCUCGGACUCGGCGAUAGUUCGUCCUCGCUGCACGAUCUCGCCCUACCCGACACGCUGUACUACUACAUGAACGGUGGCAACCGGCGCAUGAUGGUGGGCGCACAGAAGGAAAAGUAUCGACUACCCUCGUUCCAGAUCAAGGAAGGUCCGGCGGUAAAUCUGGACGUGACUGCACCCGGUGCAACGCUCGCCCUCGGGUUAAUGUACUUUGCGACAGGGAAUGAAGCCAUCUCCCGCCUGCUAGAGCCACCGACCACCGUCUACAUACUGCAGUUUGUGCGGCCCGAUCUACUGCAGCUGCGCAUCGUCGCUCGCCAUCUGAUCCACUGGGAGCGCAUCGAAGCUACGAGCAGCUGGGUCGAGCAACAGAUACCGGAACUGUUACGGCAAAACAUAUCACCGCUCGAAGAGGAGGACGUACCGAUGGAUGAGCCGGCGGGCGACGAUCCAGAGCAUGGAACCGGUGCCGCCGCUCACGAAAGCAAUCUUUCCAAAGUUGAUCAGGUCCUGUACUCGCAGGCGUACUGUAGCGUGAUGUGUGGCAGUGCAAUCGCGAUCGGACUACGAUUCGCCGGCACGGCGGACGCGACGGCCGUCAAAACGCUCGACCACUAUCUGCUGUACUUCAUCGAGCAGGGUAACCGGCUGAACAAAAGUGCCCCGGAGCGGCCAUCCAAGUUUGCCCGCUCGGUUGGCCGUCAGGUGAUUGAAAAUUGUAGCAUGGUGUUGCUACUGUCCCUCUCGCUCGUACUAGCCGGCACGGGAGAUUUGCGCGUGCUGCGCGCGGUCCGGAUGCUGCGGUCACGCAUCGGUGUACUGCAGGUUACGUACGGUUCGCACAUGGCCAUCCAUAUGGCGCUUGGGUUCCUGUUUCUCGGUGCCGGCCGCUAUACACUCUCGCGCACUCCGACCGCCGUCGCUGCGCUGGUGUGUAGCAUUUUUCCGAAAUUUCCCACCUACAGCAACGACAACCGGUACCAUCUGCAGGCGUUCCGGCAUCUGUACGUGCUGGCGAUCGAACCGCGUAUCUUCAUACCGCGCCGCAUCGACACCGGCCGGCUGUGCCUAUGCCGCAUCCGGUACGCAUUGCUCGGGAAGGAGACGGCACCGGUAGAACAGUUUGCGCCGUGUCUGCUGCCCGAACUCGAUACCCUUGCGUGGAUCGAGGUGUGCGAUGAAAACUUUUGGCCGUUUCGGUUCGAUCGGCGGCAUAACUGGCAGAUACUAGAGAGCAUCUUCAAGACAAAUGAACGGGUAGAUGUGAAGCAACGUACCGGUUGUUUGACGUACCAGGAGGACCCGACCCGUCUCAUCACGAACCAGAUCAAUCCCGUGUCCUACAACCACAGCCUCUGGCAGCUGGAACCGCUGAAUCUGCUCCAGUUCGUCGGCCAGCCGGAAGUGAUCAAUAUUACCCGGAUGCUGCUCAUACCGCCCAGCACGCGCAAGCUGCGCUGCCUACUAGAACCGAUCGGUGCGGCCGAACAUGAGAAUGCUUACAUGAAGCUGUACGCACACCAUGUGACGGAUUGUGUGUUUGAUGAUCGACUGCACGCACUGCCAAUCUACCUAGGACUAACGCAGAUUUUGCAGGACGAUCCCCGAACGAUGCACAAAUCGUUGGAUGCCUGGCAGCUGCGGUUGCUUACGGCCGCGCUGGACAAAUGCGACUGGCCUUGCAAGAUACCGGGUGCACGCGGACUGCUCUCGGUCAGCUUGCUACAGUCACUGCUGAAGCGCAUCUGGAAGCGGUGCGACGAGCAAUUCCAUCGCUACAAACCUAUCGUUCACCAGUACCUGAACCUGCACACGAUUAACGAUCCGAGCGAAGGGUUGAUACGGGGUGGAAGCUUCGGCGACUGUCCGAUGGAACCGGCAGACGAAUCGAACCCGGAGCGGCGCCGUGAGCAUCUGCUUAACCUGGUCAAGCUGAUCGUGUUGUACGAUUUACCGUACGGUACGCUACCCAGUGGUGGUGUUGAGGUUGCUGGCAGAAUGUAACGCAUCUGCAUCACAUAUCAUCAGAGCGUUAUCGUAGGGCACAGGUUACCUGAUUUUAGAUUAGCGUCGGGAUUAAGUAUGCGUAAGCUCUCUUUCUACGGUAAGGAAGUUAGGUUAUCACGAUACAACCGAUACCGGCAUGUUGAAUCUCAAGAACUUUAGCACUGGUCGCGGGGUGCUGAGUUACGAUCCAUUCCUGCAGGUCCCUGUUUUCCAUUGGGUGUUUUCUCUUCAGCGUAGGGAGGCAGGGAUUUUGCGCAUUAUCCAGUACAACUAAUGAUCAUUUCAUAAUUCAUAAUUUGUUGUAAUAUCAUUUCAAUAAACAUCGCUAUUAUCUA